AUGAUAUCAAAAGAAUGUCAACGUCAUCAUCAUGCAUUCUUGAAAGAGACAAAAUUUCAAGCUUCACUAAAACUGUCGACUUCAGGCACUUUAUCACCUGCUACAAUAGCAACAACAUCAAGCGGCUAUUCUACGGGUGAUUCAUCAACUUCAGCUAUUAUGACUAGGAAUACUAGAAAAUCAUCAUCGUCAAUAACCUGUAAUCAACAUAAAACAAAAUCAAAAGGUUUUCAAAAUAUUAUUAGUAAAUUAAAAAGUUUUUUUAUUUCACCGAAACCGAAACCGAAAUCUAAACUUAAACAUUCAACAACACCAAAAGGAAUGCAAUCAACAAGUACAUUUGAUCAUUAUUCAGCAUAUUAUGGCCUUCCAUCAUCAUCAUCAUCAUCAACAACAACAAAUAAUACAAUAGCAAUUCCAUUUACGUAUUAUCAUAAUUCACCAAUAAAAUCCAAGUACUAUUAUAAACCAAAUGCUGAACCUUAUACUGCAAGAGUUACCAAUUUCGAGAAAAUUUCUGCAUGGCUCAAUUAUACCGAUAGUAUGACACAAAAAGAAGACGAGGAAGAUUCUGAUGAAUUCAUAUUUAUUGACGAGUUUCAAGAACAAUCAAUAUCACCUUCUCUUCUUAAUGUUGAUUAUCAAAUUAUCAUGAAGAAAAAUCUGUCAUCUAUUCGAAUGCCGAGACGAAGUACAUCAUUGGUUGCGACAUUAAAUCGACCAGUAAUUGAACAAAAACAAUAUGAAAGAAGUGUAUCCCCUGCAGCAUCAUUUACAUCAUCAAUUCUUACGAAAGGAAUGUCCGAAAGAAUGACACCACAGAAAACUCAUUAUUAUUCUCGUACAAAUUUAACGGAAGAACCAACACAAAAUCUAGUAACACAAUCGAAUCGUCGUCGUUUAAUUGAUUUUUCACGUCGGAGAACUGUGGGUGGUCCUAAUGAACACAAUACUACUAAUACUGUCACUAGUACUUAUAGUAAUAACAAAGAAAAUGUUCCAAUCAAUCGUCGACCACAACAAAUCUACCGGUUUUCACCUUCAACAUCUACUAUUAUUGCAACAAAAAAAUAUUUUUUUCAUUCAAAACCUUCUCAAAUAAAAAAUGAAGAUAUGCUAAUGAAUUCAUACGGAUUAACACUUAUGCAACAACAACAACAACAACAACAACAACAACAAAAACCACAGUUGCAACAACGACACUCUAUAUCUUCUGUUGUUAUGACACCUAAAAUGCCUGAUAAUUCUUCAAUAUAUUUAUCCCAAAAGCAACAGAAUCGCCGAUCAUCUAUUCAUUUACUACAGCAACAAUAUACAUCUGAUUCAUUGGAUGAUUUACUUUGUGAUCGUGAAGUUGAAAGUUAUUUCUAUCCAAAUAGACGACAAUCUCCAACUUUCAUUCCUCGACAUACUUAUAUUAAUUUAGAAAGUCCAUCUAGCCAUUAUUCACCACCGCCACCUUAUAUUCAUGGUACACUAUGUUGA